ACACCACACGAUCGAUAUGCUCGGCUUUAGCCACGAAAGUUUCCCCUCAGAUUUUGUUACCUUGUCGGGGCCAACACCACGAAAAUCACUUCCUCUAGCCAUUCCACAGUUUGAGUUGGACAACGAAUUUGUUGUCAAUCAGGUGAACAAUAACGAAAUGUUUAACGAAUUCGUGUCAUCUCCAACUCGGUUAUUUGACUCGAAGGAGAGCAAUUGUUCCAUCAUCAAGAUUGUCAAGUAUGCCGAUUUGAAGGGAGGCAAUACAAAACAAUACAAUUCUCGAUCAUCGGAAAGUCCAUUAUCGAAUGAGAGAAAUAGCAUCAUAGAAAGCAUGAACAAAGUGUGUCGUUAUUCGUCCAAAGAGAAAAAAGAGAGCAUUGAGCGUUACAAAAGCAAGAAAAACCAACGGAACUUUAACAAGAAAAUCAAGUAUGUAUGUCGAAAAACAUUGGCUGAUUGCCGACCUCGUGUAAAAGGAAGAUUUAUUGCUAGAUAUAACGAGAUCGGAAGAUUGAAGAAACAAGAUGGUGCUGAAGAAAUGUUAAACGACGAAGGCGCCCAUAAUUGGAUGUUAAACCUCUCUUACUUGUUCUCUUCCAGUUGAAAUAACUGAAAAGAAUAGUUCGACUCGUCUUUUUCAAAACAUAAAUGUGUACUAAUUAAAUAAACAAAGAUUUAAACCCUAACGAGUGAUAU